UUUACGUCAAAAUUGGUUUUCGACUAUGUAGUUUUUGAACUUUUAAGUUCAAAUAAUAUUAUUAACCCUCUAAUGGCUGAUGUGGAGGAAGAGGAAGCUCCUUCAGAGACAGUAGAUGACCAAAAUAAUGGAAAUGAAGCUGAAGAGGAUCUUAAAGGAGAAGGCGAAGAUGGUGACGAGGAGCAGGUUGAGGAAGAACAGGAGUCUGAAGAAGAAAAGGAUCUCUUCGAACUUUUGGACCAGGAAUAUCUAGAGGUGAUCAAGGAGAUCGACACCCAGAACUUGGUCAUACAAGAGCUGAAAGCAAAGUCUUGUCAAUUGAUGUACAAAAAAUGCAAGACCUACGAGGACAAGCAGGAGUACAAGCGACUGAGGGCCUGUCAGGAUCAAGGGGACAUCCAUUUGAGGAGCCUGGUCAAUCGAGCUAUUCAACUGCAGAACUUUGGAUCUCCCAGGCAGUACAGAGAUAUUGAAAUGGAGCUUACAGAUGUGGAGCAAAGUUACUUCUUCACUGCCCUUCAGUCGACCUUUUCAGGUACAUGCCCAACCCCCUCGGAAGAUGAAUCAUGUCAAGGAUGUUGCUUCUCAGACUCUAGUUCAGAUUCAGAUGAUGGUCUGUGCUGUUCGUAAAUUUAGGCUACUUUGUUUGGGAUAGUAAAGACUUUUCGGGGUACUGAAAAAAGUCUGGGUUUUAAAAGUUUUUGGACUUUAAGCAAUAAAAAACUAACACAUUUUUAACCUAAA